CAUCUGUUCCCUUUCAAUUCAAAUUUCAGAUUAUUCGGCUUCUGCUGCUUCCUUUCUGCUCUGUCAACAUUGUUAAGGCAAACACACAAAAAUGGAAGAGGUUGCUCUGCGCAUUCAAAGCAAUUUGUCUCAGGUGUUUUCUCAGUUAAGCGACAACUCUUCCAUCGGUCAACCAAAAAGUGAAGUUGAAGAAAAUGUGACAACAGAGGAUUGUUUGCCUCCAAGUUUGUCUAGACUUCCAACUUUUCCCAUCCUGAAGCAAAUUUCUGAUACCAAAGUUGAAACGUUGAAGCGUCAAAGUGAAAUUGAUUUAAAACCAUUCAUCAAAUUGUUUGAAAAGGUGGAAAAUACAGUUUAUGACGGUAUGGAUUUGGCAGCAAACAUUGCUACCUGUUUAGAAUUUAUUCAUAACUCCAGCCAACUUUUACAGCAAGUAUUAAAGGACCCAAUGUCUCAGGAUGCAUUACCUUUACCACAUCACAUGCACAGAAAAACUAUUGAUAUGAUUGAAGCAUGUGUAUGGACUGUUCAGCACCCACGGUGGCAACCAUUAAGUUACGAAGUAGAAUGGGGAAACCUUCUACCAAAGCUGAGACAAGAAGUGUCUGAUUGGAUUGUGUCAGCCAAGCUAUCUGGAAAGCACCUAAAAGAAGUUGAAGACUUGAAGCAGAAGCUUGAUAUGGUCUUGGAAAACUACU